UUAUUUGGUGGCUUACCCCGAAAGAAAAGAAUGACUAGUUUGUCAAACACGCAUUAAACAUCAUAUUGCUACUUCUGAACUCAAAAGUUAGGGUUUUGAAUUUGCAUUACUAAGAAAGGGGUUUCUGUGUUGUUGGGAUCAAAUCAAACCAAAAAUGUCGAUAUUCGAGUACAACGGAAGUGCCCUAGUGGCUAUGGUUGGUAAGAAUUGCUUCGCCAUUGCCAGCGAUCGGAGACUCGGUGUUCAGCUUCAAACCAUUGCCACCGAUUUCCAAAGAAUUUCCAAAAUUCACGAUAAGCUCUUCAUCGGUCUUUCUGGCCUCGCCACCGAUGCUCAGACACUGUAUCAGCGUCUCGUUUUUCGUCACAAACUGUACCAGCUUCGUGAAGAACGCGAUAUGAAACCGGAGACAUUUGCUAGCUUAGUAUCUGCUAUUCUCUACGAGAAAAGGUUCGGUCCAUACUUUUGCCAGCCAGUAAUUGCUGGAUUAGGGGAUGAUGACAAACCGUUCAUUUGCACAAUGGAUGCAAUUGGAGCAAAGGAGCUUGCAAAAGAUUUUGUUGUUGCUGGGACUGCAUCUGAGUCUCUGUAUGGUGCUUGUGAGUCGAUGUUUAAGGCUGACAUGGAACCCGAGGAAUUGUUUGAGACCAUCUCCCAAGCACUGCUAUCAUCUGUAGACCGUGAUUGCCUUAGUGGCUGGGGUGGUCAUGUCUAUGUUGUCACACCAACUGAAGUAAAGGAAAGGAUUUUGAAGGGAAGAAUGGAUUAACUUCUAAGACUCCUGGUCAACUACUUGAGUUCACUUUGUUUUCUGUUUAAUUCGGAACUGAAUGGCAGAACAUGUACCAUCAGUUGUUAAUCGGUUACCUUGUUAUUGUGCACUUCAAUCAAACGUAUGUUCAGCUGCUCUAUAUAGAAUUUUUUAAAUUGAUCAGUGAAAGUAGAUUCUGGAAUCGGGUACUGUUGUGAAUUAAAUUAUGAUAUAUCCUAUUGGAAUGUUUCUAGAGGAGACUGGCAUGCAAGACACAGAAAUGGUGCAUUGAAAAUUGUCACCGGAUCCAAUUCAUAGUUUAUAUUUACUCUUUAAGAUGUA